AUGCAAACUACUACAUCUACCCGACUACAAAGAUCCCAAAGCAUACCAUUAUUACCUAUUCUAAUUUCAUCACCUAAUUUAUCGCCAACCAGAUCACCUGAUUUACCCUCAAGCAUAUCUCCUCUCUUACCUUUAAGUUCAACCAAGAAAAAUAAAAAUCAGCAAGUGCAGAAUGAAAUUGAAGAACUUUGUGCAGUUCAAAGACAGCAAGAACAUACCAUAUUGAGUGUAAAUGAUACUCUUAAUGAUUUAUUAUCUUUUGUAGAAUCCUUAACUAGUGAAAUCAGCUCAUUAAAAGUUUUAAGUUGGGCUGAAUCUGAGAAAGGUGAUAAAUAUAAUCUUGAUUAUAAUGCUAAAUGGGCUGAACAAAAACCCCGGCUAGCAAAAAAUACACUUCCUGUUCCUCUUGAAGUUUUUAGAGAACGGUAUAAUACUAAUAGAAUUGAGCUAUUAGAUAUGUUGCAGCAAAAAUUAAAGUCAAGAAGAAGUCUCAAUUCAAUUCGAAAAGACGAAAUUCGGUCUACCCAUUUUGAUGAGAGAAAUUACAAAAACACUUGUAAAACUGAG